UGUCAUCAAACGCGAGCUGGAGAUUGAAAACCUGCAAGAAUAUUACUGGACUGACUCAAAGGUAGUCCUUGGUUACUUGAACAACGAUGCCAAGAGGUUCCACACGUUUGUUGCCAACCGUAUCCAGCGCAUAAGAUCUAGCACCAACCCUGAACAAUGGCGACAUGUCAGCUCUGAAAAUAACCCAGCCGACUACGCCUCAAGGGGGCUGAGCGCAGUUCAGCUCAAAGAGUCUAACUGGCUAAAAGGACCUGACUUUCUUUUCCAGCUGAACCUUCCAUGUGAAGAGAAGGUGAGAGCAGUGGAAACAGACGAUCCUGAACUUCGCAAAGUUCAUGUUCACACAGUCAAAACUAAGGAAGAAAAUUCACUGUUGAACCGCUUCUCUAAGUUUUCUGACUGGUCCAGGACAGUGAGAGCUGUCGCAAGACUCAAGAGAUUUGUCAGAGAAUCCAGGAGACUUCAGCCAAGAACUAAUGAAGCAACUAACCUUGCAGAAAGAAGAGAAGCAGAAAUCUUUAUUAUCAAGCUGGUGCAAGAAGAGGCCUUCACCGAAGAAAUUAAAACAGUUCAGCUUCAAAAGGGAAGCACCUUGAACAAGCACAACAAGCUACACCUGUUGAAUGCCUUCCUGGACAAGAACAAUGUUCUUAGGGUGGGAGGACGGCUAUCUCAAUCAGCCUUACAUCAUGACAUAAAACAUCCUGCAAUACUUCCGAAGAAAGCUCAUGUGUCCGCCUUGCUCGUCAAACAUCAUCAUGAGCGUGUACAUCACCAAGGAAGAGGCAUGACAAUGAAUGAGGUACGUGCGAAUGGAAUAUGGAUCCUGGGAUGUGGAAAUGUAGUUUCAUCACACAUCUACAAGUGUGUAAAAUGUAGGAAAUACAGAAGAACCACAGAGACUCAACAAAUGGCCGAUCUGCCAGAAGACAGAACCGAGACAUCCCCUCCGUUUACUUACUGCGGUAUAGAUUGUUUUGGUCCCUUUAUUGUGAAGGAAGGAAGAAAGGAGGUAAAACGAUAUGGAUUGUUGUUUACCUGCCUAUGCUCCAGAGCGGUGCAUAUAGAGACGCUAGACGAUUUGACGACAGAUGCCUUCAUGAAUGCACUUCGAACAAUGGUAGCAAUCAGAGGACCUGUGCGCCAAUUACGAUGCGACCAAGGAACAAACUUCAUUGGUGCCAGGAGGGAGUUUUCUGAGUUGCUCAAAGGAAUGGAUCAGGAACGUCAACGAGCAAUUGGUUGCGAAUUUGUAAUGAAUGUUCCUUCAGCAAGCCAUAUGGGAGGAGUCUGGGAACGCCAAAUCAGAACGAUUCGAAGCAUUCUGACAGUCAUGUUAGACAAGUCUGCAAGCAGACUAGACACCACAACUCUGAGAACAUUCCUUUACGAAACAAUGGCAAUAAUUAACAGCAGGCCGUUAAGUGUUGAACACCUCCACGAUCCUACUGGUCCAGAGCCUCUCACUCCCAACCACAUAAUAACCAUGAAGUCAUCAGUUAUUCUGCCCCCUCCUGGAGAGUUCUGUAAAGAAGACCUCUAUCUGCGCAAGAGAUGGAGAAGAGUGCAGUUCUUAGCCAAUGAGUUCUGGCGAAGAUGGAAACGAGAAUACCUGCUAAACCUCCAACAGCGGCAGAAAUGGCCAAAGGCAUCACAAAAUUCACAAGUAGAUGACAUUGUCAUUCUGCGAGACGACAACCUACCAAGAAAUGAGUGGAAGCUCGCCAGAGUUGUAGAAACUCACCCUGGAACAGACGGCUUGGUGCGAAAGCUAAAGUUACUAGUCAGUAACACUACACUUGAUAAAGGAAAACCACACACUAGACUAGUCUACCUCGAAAGACCUAUUCAUAAGGUAGUCACCUUACUUCAGGCCACUUAAGUCCCAUACAUGAGAGUAUAGUCAUACACACUGAAAACACUUGACUGUUUCUUUGCAUUUUGUUUGAACGAAAUCCCACAUUUGAGUUAAUGAGUGAUUUGGUGGGAGUGUAAAUGACGUAACGAAGUUGCCUUAAUUAAAAGGAGUAACACGGUUAAUGUCAUAGUUCAAUUGGAUAAAUGAAUACUUUAUUUCAUGUUAUUUAUAAUCGUUAAAUAUGGCAUGAUUUAAUACAGUUUGUUUUACAUCUUGGGCCGAUAUGCGUAUGUGUUUCUUGUGCCUAGGAACUAAUGUUUGUUCAUGUGCUGGUAUUGCGUGUUUUGCUGUUACACUGUACAACUCCAUGUGGGUUGACGUCUUUUUGAAGCUCUGCUGAGGUCUGUGAUAAAGUUUAGUGUGACGGGAGGUCUGUGACGAAGUUAUGCAGAAAAGGAACUAAAUUAAUCUCCUUUCACGACAAGCGGCCAACGAGUUCUCACGGCGUAACGGAAGAGGGAAGACUACAGGAUGAAAACUCCCAAGAAAUAAACGCCCGUUUUAAAGAACCGACCUGUGUCUGUGUCGUGAAAAGAGC